AUUUAAAUGAAUGAAAAUAAAAUGAUUAAACAACUAACAGAAAAGUGAUUGAGAAUUUAGCAAGAGAAAAGAUAGUCCAGGAUGUGUAAUGGUUCACAAUCGGCAAGAAGACAUUCAGGGAUGGAAAGUGGUAAGCCUACCACGAAAUCCAUAGUCACAUGUUCCCACUUCCAUUCAGGGAUGGAAAGUGGCAGCAAUAAGCCCGUUGGAUGCUGAUGUUCUGCCUUAACUUGUUGACAAGUAAGGCACCGACUGAUGUACUCUGCUAUUUCCCUCUUCAUACUAGACCACCAGUAGCUUUCUUUCAGAUCCAUGUACAUCUUCGUGCCUCCCGGGUGCAUAGCGUACGCCGAUGAAUGAGCCUACUCUAGAAUGGACUUUCGGAGCUCAUCAUUAGAUGGUACACACACUCGAUCACGGAAUAACAAGAGACCAUCAUCUCUCUCACGGAAAUCCUCUACCGGCCCCGCUAGCAUGCGUUCUAGAACCUUCUUGAGCUCAUGCGUUCUAGAAAAAGAGUAUCACCCAGGUGCAUCCUCCAAAUUCAGAGCAUUUCUACACUCUAAUAGGUCUUUCAUCAGGUAACUAACAGGUUCCCUACUACCCGUCGUCUCAUGUGGAUAGCACACACAGUUAAAGUCCCCCAUUUUCACCCAAGGAAUGGUGAUACUCUGGCCAAUAACAUUAAUGUGAUCCCAUAAUUCCUUUCUUUCACUUACUGUGUACAAAGCAUAGACACGAGUAGCAAAGAAAGAAAACUGUGAUGUCAAACACUUUAUUCUACAAUGAAUGUAUUGUUGUCCAACCUCCAAUGUCUCACAAUGAUUUUACCCGGAUCCCAAAGAAUAUCGAUUCUUCCUCCUCCUCUCAGAUUAAAGUUGUUCCCGCUCUUCCAACUUCUUAAGUUUGUGUUAACAAACCUUUCCAGCUUGUCUUCUGUAGCCAAUCUAGUUUCCAUAAGACAACAAAAAGUAAUAUUAUUUUUCCUAAUAUAAUCAAUAAUAGUACUAUGUCUUGAGGCCCUAUUUAGGCCUCUAAUAUUCCAAGAUAACAACUUCAUUUAAAACGAGACAAAGAAGUUCGUCCUCCUCCAUUUUCCCCUCUCCCAUUUCUAAUUGCAUUUUGUUUAGACCCCUUCUGUCCAGCCUGCUCCUUAUUCCCUGGGUUAGGUUUUAGGAUCAUUAUAUGUAUCCCUUCGUUAGUUUUUAUUUUAUUAGUCUUCUAAAGAUUUCCACUGUCCACUAUGUUAUUCUUUUCACCUUUUUCUCUUUGUGUCUCCGCUCUGUUUCCUUGUUUUGUUGCUCCUUUUGCACACUAUGACUUUUUAUGCCCCCAUUAACCACACUAUGACUUUCUUCAUCAACUCUAAUGUGGAUCGUUGCGCUUACCGCUACACUAAAAGCAAUCGCUGAUGUGAAGCACGCUCCUCCCCCUUUAUAGAACAAGCGAAGCGCCACGAGGUCCGAUUGCACCGGCAGGCUGGCUGUUGCUGGCACCGCAUACCCGUGGCCCAACAAUCUCCCCCCAGCACCUGCCAGCCUACAACUGCGCAGCAUGCUGUUGUCGGGGGUCGAACCCGUGACCUUGGCUCUGAUACCACUUGUGGAUCAUUGCGCUUACCGCUACACUAAAAGCAAUCGCUGAUAGUGAAGCACGCUCCUCCCCCUUUAUAGCACAAGCGAAGCGCCACGCGGUCCGAUUGCACUGGCAGGCUGGCUGUUGCUGGCACCGCAUACCCGCGGCCCAACAUCUAACCUCCUCGUUUGAUACUUGUGGUUCUUCAAUUUCCACACUCUUGUCUAAGUGCUCUGAAUUAGAAGUUUCAGUGAUAAGCUCCUUUAUGAACUUUCUCUUUGCUUUUUUGUCUUUCCUUUUCCAUAUCUUCUCUCUUCUUUGUUUCUAGUUCAUGAAGGACAGUGCAAGUAAAGGGGUGGUGGCCAAUUUUUUUGCAAUGGAAGAAAAAAUUUGGGAAGGUUUCAUAUAUUACAUAUUGGGUGAAAUAUUUUCCAGAUUUGAGCUUAAGUUUGACUGACAGUGGUGGAGGUUUGGAUAUGUCCACCUCAAUCAACACUUUUGCGUAGUCCAAUUUGGUUCUUUCAAAAGUUACUCUGUCUAUAUAGAUAGGCAGUCCAACUUUAGAAGCAAUCUUACUAAUCUUAUCGUCCUUCCUACAUUCCAUAGGUAGUCUAGGGAAUUUAAUCCAGAGAGGUAACUUAAGAAAUUCUUCAUCGUCAAAUGAGAAGUCCUCAGACAAUUCUUUAAUACUUCAUAUGGUCCCUCUAUUAGUACCUUAGAUCUAUCUUCCUCCGUUUUAAACUGGAACACCAACCAGCCCCUGGAAUGAGGUAGGAUUUUGCAUCUAACUCCCCACUGUUCAAUAAGGUUGUUAACAGCCUUCAUCCCGGGAAAUCUUCCUGUAAAAAAACCCACCAAACAAUAUCCCCACAUUUCAAUCAUGUUCACUGGUUCGUCCAAACUAAAGUCCACAUAGUCUCCUUCGGUGGGAAUAAACUUUAGCUUCAUUCCUCUUGAUGGAGCUCGAUUAUCUUUGAACAACCCUACCCAUGAAGGUUUAUUAGCUUUCUUCUCAAUGUUUGGUUCAGAAUUUAAAUCAAACAUGUGGUGUGCACUAUUAAUCUUAGUUCCUCCAAAUUGUAUUAGAGUAGAAACGAUGUUCUCGUCAGCUUGUAUCUCUUCUAGGCUUUCUAAUUUUCCCUCUUCAUUUCUUUCUUUUUCAUCUCUUUCCAUUUCAUCAGUCACCUUCUCCUUGCCAACAUUUUUGGAUGUUGAAACCUCCACAGAAGGUGCCUUUGUUCCCUUCCCAUUUUUCCUGCCCUUUCCCAUGGUAGUUGGGACAAAGGAGAACUUUUUAAAUGCCAGUGUUACCAAUGAUUGUAGACAAUGUAAUUGUAACUUUUAUUAGACAGUUUAGUGGGGAAAACCAUAGUACUUUUAUUCCACAUCGGUCGAUUGUGGAUAAUGUAAUUGUAGCUUUUGAAACUAUCCCAACAUUUGAAACGGAAGUGUUAUGGGAGAGAAGGUGUUAGGAAUAUUUUAUGGUGUCCAAUCUAAUUAAAUAUCUUUGUAUUUGUGUAGUUAUUAGUUAAACGUGUAAUAUGGGCCAUAAAUGUAUAUCAGCCCAUUAGCUUCUUUGUAUUCCAUAAGUUAGCCAACUUCUCCUCUAAAAGGAGGCUAACUUAUGGAAACCCUAAGGAUCGAAAAGGUUUGAGACUUCAAGAGGUAGAGUCGAGAUAGAGAGAUAGGUUUUCCGCUGCUCUCCUUCUCGAGAGAGAGCAGCGGCCAUGUUCACGGUAUACCAGAUUUGGUUUCAUCUCGAUAUCUUUCUAUCUGCUUCUUCUUUAUCUGUUAUGGUUGUUUGAUUGUUAAAGAACAUGGACUAUCAGAAGGUUGUGUGGCUUUAAAGCUUGAUAUGAGUAAGGCUUACGACCGAGUUAAUUGGGCUUUUUUGAAAGAUAUAAUGUUCCGGAUGGAUUUUGAUAGGAGGUGGGUUCACAAUAUUAUGGAAUGUGUGACAUCAAUGAGUUACUACAUACAAUUUGAUAAAGGGUGUUAUGUAUUAUGGUAGGGGACUAUGGUAGGGAGAUCCUAUCUGCACCUUAUCUCUUCAUUCUGGUGGCGGAAGAGUUGAGCGCAAUGUUGAGGAGUGCGGAAGCAACAUUUUAUAUUCAUGGAGCGGCUUUUUUUAGGGGAGCACCGCAUGUGUCCCACUUGUUAUUUGCGGAUGACAACUUUUUAUUUGCGGAUGGGAGCUCUUAUGUAAAUCAAAAUGUGCUUGGGUUUUAGAAAGGUACGGAAUUUAAUCUAGCAAUGUUGGUGAAACAGGUGUGGAAACAUGUGACAGAGUCGGGUGGCCUAAUGAGUCCAGUGCUUAAAGCACAAUAUUAUCCAAAUUUCAAGUUUUUGGAGGCACGUUUGGAGAGUAAUCCGUCUUUUAUUUGGUGGAACAUUUUUUAAACUCCAUCGAUCUUAAAGACUAAUUUUAGAAGAUGGUGGUACUGGGAGAGAUGUUCAGGUUCGGUUGCCGGGGUAGGGAACGGGAAGAAUGCAAUCGGCUAGACGAAUAAUAGUAAUGACUUCACGCAAAUAGAAAAACGUACUAGUAAAUUAGGUUACGGUCCGUGUCACGCCCCGAACCUAUCCGGACACAUCAACAACCCGCCGUACAAUACGAAUAGUCAACCGCAGUCUAACACAUCCAUAUUAUACAACGCAUCUCGAAUAUCAUUCACACAUAAGUCAUCCAUAAACAUACAUAAUUAGCAAUUCAAUACGCAGCGGAAAACAUAGUUUGAAAACAAAUGCCACACGAGGCAAACAUGAGCACACAGACUCUAUAGUGAAAAAAUAACCAUGAGCAUGUUCAUAAAUGUUCAAAAAUAGAAUGGAGAAGCACGAACCAAGUCUUCUCUCCAAGAUGUUCACCCGAUCGACGAGCACACGUAGCAAGCUCUAGCCUCAACCUUAAAUGGUGGUGGGACGCCCCUCGAAAGGGGGUCAGUACUCUAUACAGCUAAAGUACUGGUGUGGAUGGCAUCUAAUAGAUAUACAACAAGUAUUAUAUUUCAAACACAAGACCCUCAAAUACGGUGAUAAUAUAAUCUAGGCCGUUACCCCAAGUUACCCCUUUUAAAAAUAUACUUACUUCAUGUAUAAACCCAAUACCUCGUGACUACCAGUAACGACAAUUCAUAAGGUCCAACCCUAACACAUAUGUUUGCAUUUCUAGAGUCCAACUCAAGUACAUCACCAUGCAAAUCAUAUGACACAUGUUAAUUACUCCACCGUGCAUUUCUAGAGUCCAACUCAAGUACAUCACCAUGCACACCAUAGGCUACAGCCUCAAAUCUCUCAUGCAUUUCUAGAGUCCAACUCAAGUACAUCACCAUGCAUGUCAUCAAUCACAACACCUUGUCUACCCAUGCACUUCUAGAUUCCAAUUCAAGCACAUCACUGUGCCGUGGCAUAGACUCAAUUCCUAAGAAAACAUAUGCCUAGAAUUGAGAUAUCAAAAAUCUAUUUUGGGACAUCCUUACGGACUGCCCAUAACAUGAUCGUAGCUUCAUACCAAAUCAAUUAAGUCACUUGAAUCACAUUCAAGCACAUCACUUACAAUCAAAUUCUUAGAUUCAAUUCCUUGACAAUUACAAACAAUCAUUAACUAGUAAUUCAAUACUAUUAAGAUUAUUCUUAUAAAUCAAAUAUUCUACUUGUAAGUACCUACAUAUCUAGAGAUAUGUAACAGCAACUUAAGUAUCCAAUGUAAUACAUACAUAUUCAUUUAUGUAUCUACACAAUUCACACAUGAGUAAAAAUGCCUAUUUUACGUAAUAGUUCAUUUAACUCCAUUUUUAUCAAUAUGAUUCCAUAUCAUUUCCAAUUCCAUUCCUUAUCAAAUAUAUCCAUAUUUCAUCAAUAAUCAAUCUUCAUAAUCCAUGAAAAACAUGAUUUAUGCAUUUAGGUAAUCUCAUGCUUAACCUACAAGUUGUAAGCAACUAGAUGUCGAUUCUCACCUCAAAUGAGCUUUAAACCUUUCCUUCUCAAUCCAAUGCUCAAUGCUUCGGCCUAGGAAGUUUGAAAACUGAUUCCUUGCUUAGAAAUGAUUGUUAGACAGACUCCUCAAGGUGGUAGCUCAACUCGUAACCGAUGAUACGAAAACAACCCCUAGAAUGAGUGUUUUCCGGCGAAAUCGUUCCUAACCUUUCAAGGUUUGUUCUAGGUUAGCAUCUAACAAUUACUUCAAUAUAGUAACCUUAUAAGGAAAAUAUUAUACACUUUAAAUAGUGUAUAAUAGCUCCACCAAUCGUUCAUAUCAGUUAGAUAAUGAAAAGGAAGAUUUUGGGUUCAAACUUACUAUGAAUACAAAAACGUAUUCAGCGAGGUAUCGUUUUCCUUCGAUGAUUUGGAGGCCUUAAACUGGUCUGUUCUCUACAAACAGAACGUCUACUGAUUCCGUAUCUUUAGAUCUUUCUGUAUACACCUCACAUGCCUUAUUUGGAUGAGUGUAGCUCGAGAUAUGGCCCAGACAAGCAACUCUACGCACUGGAAAAUAUCCCUGCGGCCAGAAUCCUCUCCAAGGAGAAACUUUCAGGAAUACCUCGUCAUCAACCUUAAACUCUAAGGUUCUCCUGUGCCGCUUUGAGUCUCUCUCGAAUCAACUUCACCUUUGACUUGGUGAUCUCAACCAACUUAGUACUCUCGAGUUUGGCCAUGCCAACCUUAUCCCAGCAUAACGGUGUACGACACCUCCUCCCAUACAAUGCUUUGUAUGGAGGCAUGCCGAUACUUGCCUGAUAACUGUUGUUAUAGGCAAACUCCACGAGUGCUAAGUGGUUGUCCCAACUUCCUUGAAACUCUAACACACAAUCCCUCAACAUAUCUUCUAAGAUCUGUAUAACUCUUUCAGACUGCCCAUCCAUCUGUGGAUGGAAAGCAGUACUGAAGUUCAACCUCGUUCCCAUAGACUCUUGAAAUUUUGGCCAAAAAUGUGACGUGAAUCAUGGGUCUCUAUCGGAUAUGAUGGUCACCGGAACACCAUGUAACCUCACGAUCUCGUCCGUAUACAAUUUGGCUAACCUCUCAAGUGGGUAGGUGGUGUUGAUAGGUAAAAAGUGUGCACUCUUCAUGAGCCUAUCAACAACAACCCAAACUGCAUCAUUGUUCCUGAUCGUCCGUGGUAAGCCUACCACGAAAUCCAUAGUCACAUGUUCCCACUUCCAUUCAGGGAUGGAAAGUGGCUGCAAUAAGCCCGCUGGAUGCUGAUGUUCUGCCUUAACUUGUUGACAAGUAAGGCACCGACUGAUGUACUCUGCUAUUUUCCUUCUUCAUACUAGACCACCAGUAGCUUUCUUUCAGAUCCAUGUACAUCUUCGUGCCUCCCGGGUGCAUAGCGUACGCCGAUGAAUGAGCCUACUCUAGAAUGGACUUUCGGAGCUCAUCAUUAGAUGGUACACACACUCGAUCACGGAAUAACAAGAGACCAUCAUCUCUCUCACGGAAAUCCUCUACCGGCCCCGCUAGCAUGCGUUCUAGAACCUUCUUGAGCUCAUCGUCUAGUUUCUGUCCCUUCUUGAUCUGAUCAAGUAAGGUAGGUCUCACCUUAAAUCUCGCCACCAAGGCACCAUUAGUAGAUACUUCCAGUUGAGCUCUCAAUGCUCUCAAGUUGGUUAUCAAUGCCCUUGAUGAACUCUUCCGACUAAGGGCAUCAGCCUCAACAUUUGCUUUCCGUGGAUAGUAAUCAAUCACUAGGUGGUAGUCCUUUAUCAACUCCAUCCACCGUCGUUGUCUCAUGUUUAACUCUUUCUGAGUAAACACAUACUUCAAACUCUUGUGGUCAGUGUAUAUGUGACAUGUCUCUCCGUAGAGAUAAUGCCUCCAUAUCUUUAGUGCAAAAACCACCGCUCCCAAUUCUAAGUCAUGAGUAGGAUAAUUUACCUCGUGUUUCUUCAACUGCCGUGAAGCGUAGGCAAUCAACCUCCCAUUCUGCAUCAAUACACAUCCAAGUCCUUCGAUGCUCGCAUCGCUAUAGACAUUGUACCACAUACCUUGUUUUGGUAAGGCGAGUACCAGUGCCUUAGUUAACCUCUUCUUCAGUUCUAAGAAUCCCCUCUCACAUCAGUCAUCCCAUACGAACUUGGCCUCUUUUCGAGUGAGCUUCAUCAAUGGUGUUGAGGUUAAUUCGCCGCAGCCCGGAAGUUCAACACCCUUUCCGGGAGGGUUUCAUGGUUAUGGGGUGAUAAUAAAAUAUAAACAAUGAUUUUUACGUGGAAACCCGGAAAGGGAGAAAACCACGGAACUGUUUAGGCUAAUGUCCAAGCCCGCUCCUUUUAUUAGUGCUCUCCUUACCAAUACAUUAUACAAGCUCCAUUAAUGGAGGAUUCAAGCUAACUAUAGAGAAGGAGGAAGAAGAGAGGGAUCCUUAAUAAGGAGGGGAAUCCUCCUAUUAAUAGAGGAAAUGGGGAGGGGUGCUCCACCCUAACGGGCCGAGUGUGCCGAAACGGACCUCUUGGGCCUAGGUGGGCCGAAUGGGCAGAAAUGGGCCCAAAGGCCGAAAUAGGCCUGAUAGGCUAAAAUGGGCCUUACUGAUUGGGCUCCGUACUACGUAAAGUCUUGAGCUCCUGAACAGUAAUAGGUCGGGAUGAUAUAUCCCAACACAAGUCCUCCAGUUUCUUGAGUAGUGAGUGUGCGAAUCUGUUCGAGAAAAUAUACUCUUGCCUGCGCUCUUCCUCUGUCUUGCUGGAAACUGAGUCUUCGAAUAAUCAUAAUAUAUGGGUGGGUGUCUGCCCCUCUGAAUAUACCCUGCUGAUGAGGCGCUCCCCUUCCGACGGGGUCGGGCAAGGGAUGCUCUUCCCCGGACACUCUCCCUCUGAAUGUACUAGAUGGGAGUAGAGGACUCUGACUCGAGCUUUCCAAUGGAGAAGCUUAGAGGUCCCUGUACAAUAUAAGCCGACGACACGGAACUGGUUCGAUAUGAUGUACAUGUAUGUAUGGAUGUAUGAGAGAUGAUGCUUGAAUGUAUGAAUGCAUGUGAUGUAUGAGUGACAUGUAUGAGAGAUGGCAUGUAAGAUGUGAUACAAAGCGGUGAAUGUCAUCGGUAAACCGGGCAUGACGGCGCUGAGGGGCCGAGCGUGCUGCAUAAGACGUUCCUUGCCACAGCAUGGUCUUACUUUGCCGAGAUAUGGUCUUACUUUGCCAUGUUGUGGUCUUACGUCGAACAAGAACCAGACACGAAUGGCGCGGAGGGGCCGUUCAUGCUACAUAAGACGUUCGUCGUCCCCCCGGAUGGUAUGGACGAGCUAAACAUGAACUAGACACGAUGGCGUUCAGGGGCCGAUCGUGCUGCAUAAGAUGGCGGUCGUCACCCUGGAAGGUAUGGACGAGCCCGACCAUGAACUGGGUACGACGGCGCUGAGGGGUCGAUCGUACUGCAUAAGACGGUGGUCCCCAUCCUGGAAGGAAUGGGUGAGCCGACCGUGAACUGGACACGAUGGCGCUGAGGAGCCGAUCGUGCUGCAUAAGAUGGUGGUCAGCAUCCUGGAAGGAAUGGAUGAGCCGACCGUGAACUGGACACGAUGGCGCUGAGGAGCCGAUCGAGCUGCAUAAGAUGGAUGUCCCCAUCCUGGAAGGAAUGGGUGAGCCGACCGUGAACUGGACACGAUGGUGCUGAGGAGCCGAUCGUGCUGCAAAAGAUGGUGGUCCCCAUCCUGGAAGGAAUGGGUGAGUCGACCGUGAACUGGAUACGAUGGCGCUGAGGGGCCGAUCGUACUGCAUAAGACGGUGGUCCCCAUCGUGGAAGGAAUGUACGAGCCGAUCGUGAACUGGAUAUGAUGGCGCUGAGGGGCCGAUCGUACUGCAUAAGAUGGUGGUCCCCAUCGUGGAAGGAAUGUACGAGCCGAUCGUGAACUGGAUAUGAUGGCGCUGAGGGGCCGAUGGUACUGCAUAAGACGGUGGUCCCCAUCCUGGAAGGAAUGGGUGAGCCGACCGUGAACUGGAUGGAUACGAUGGCGCUGAGGGGCCGAUCGUACUGCAUAAGACGGUGGUCCUCAUCGUGGAAGAAAUGUACGAGCCAACCAUGAUUUGGAUACGAUGGCGCUGAGGGGCCGAUCGUGCUGCAUAAGACGGUCGUCGCCAUCCUGGAAGGGAUGGGCGAGCCGAACCGUGAAGUGGACACGAUGGCGCUGAGGGAUCGAUCGUGCUGUAUAAGACGGUGGUCGCCAUCGUGGAAGGAAUGGGCGAGCCGAACUGGACACGAUGGCGCUGAGGGGCUGAUCGUGCUGCAUAAGACGGUCAUCGCCAUCCUGGAAGGGAUGGGCGAGCCGAACCGUGAAGUGGACACGAAGGCGCUGAGGGGCCGAUCGUGCUACAUAAGAUGGUCGUCGCCAUCCUGGAAGGGAUGGGCGAGCCAAACCGUGAAGUGGACACGAUGGCGUUGAGGGGCCGAUCGUGCUGCAUAAGACGGUCGUCGCCAUCCUAGAAGGAAUGUACGAGCCGACCAUGAACCGGAUACGAUGGCGCUGAGGGGCCGAUCGUGCUGCAUAAGACGGUCGUCACCAUCCUGGAAAGGAUGGACGAGCCGAACCGUGAAGUGGACACGAUGGUGCUGAGGGGCCGAUCGUGCUGCAUAAGACGGUGGUCGCCAUCCUGGAAGGAAUGGGCGAGCCAAACCGUGAACUGGACACGAUGGCGCUGAGGGGCCGAUCGUGCUGCAUAAGACGGUCGUCGCCAUCCUGGAAGGGAUGGGCGAGCCGAACGGUGAAGUGGACACGAUGGCGCUGAGGGGCCGAUCGUGCUGCAUAAGACGGUGGUCGCCAUCCUGGAAGGAAUGGGCGAGCCGAACCGUGAAGUGGACACGAUGGUGCUGAGGGGCCAAUCGUGCUGCAUAAGACGGUGGUCGCCAUCCUGGAAGGAAUGUACGAGGUGACCGUGAACUGUACACGAUGGCGCUGAGGGGCCAAUCAUGCUGCAUAAGACGGUCGUCGCCAUCCUAGAAGGAAUGUACGAGCCAUCCGUGAACUGUACACGAUGGCGCUGAGGGGCCGAUCGUGCUACAUAAGAAGGUCGUCGCCAUCCUGGAAGGAAUGUACGAGCCGACCGUGAACUGUACAAGAUGGCGUUGAGGGGCCGAUCGUGCUGCAUAAGACGGUCGUCGCCAUCCUGGAAGGAAUGUACGAGCCGAUCGUGAACUGGACACGAUGAUGCUGAGGGGCCGAUCGUGCUGCAUAAGACGGUCGUCGCCAUCCUGGAAGGGAUGGGCGAGCCGAACCGUGAAGUGGACACGAUGGCGCUGAGGGGCCGAUCGUACUGCAAAAGAUGGUCGUCCUCAUCUGCUCGUUGUACCUAGCUCAUUCUCUCUCUUUUUUUGGAUCUUCAAGGGUGGGGAUGCUCGUCUCCAAGCCCUCGGCCUCUGGAGUGGAAAUGCUCGUCUCCAGGCCCUCGUCCUCUGGAGUGGAAAUGCUUGUCUCCAGGCCCUCGGCCUCUGGAGUGGAAAUGCUCGUCUCUAGGCCCUCGGACUCUGGAGUGGAAAUGCUCGUCUCCAAGCGCUCGGGUCCUCUGGAAUGGAAAUGCUCGUCUCCAGGCCCUCGGGUCCUCUGGAAUGGAAAAGUUUUGAUCCCUUUAGGAGUUCUUUUAUUUGAUCCAUCUUGGGAUUCUUUUAUCUCUUCGGUUCAUCACCCGCUCCUCGUCGUACCCGCUCGUCUAGCCUGGUCCGUUGGACCCUGAGCCGAGUGUAGCCAACGUAGUUAGUGAAUGAACGGCCUUUCCCCCUUCUCCGGGGAUUUUUCUCUUUCUUCUUUUUGUGAUCCUUCUUUAGAUUCUUUUAUUUGAUCCUUCUUUAGAUUCUUUUAUCUCUUCAUUCCAUCACCCGCUCCUCGUCGUACCCGCUCGUCUAGCUCGGUCCUUUGGACCCUGAGCCGAGCGUAGCCAACGUAGUCAGUGAAGGAACGACCUUUCCCUCUUCACCAGGGAUUUCUCUCUUUCUUCUUUUUGUGAUCCUUCUCUAGAUUCUUUUAUUUGAUCCUUCUUUGGAUUCUUUUAUCUCUUUGUUCCCUGGAUUCUUUUAUCUGAUCCUUCUUUGGAUUCUUUUAUAUGAUCCUUCUUUGGAUUCUUUAAUCUUUUCCUUCUCUGGAUUCUUUUAUCUGAUCCUUCUUUGGAUUCUUUUAUUUGAUCCUUCUUUGGAUUCUUUUAUCUCUUCGUUCCAUCACCCGCUCCUCGUCGUACCCGCUCGUCUAGUUCGGUCCUUUGGACCCUGAGCCGAGCGUAGCCAACGUAGUCAGUGAAGGAACGGACUUUCCCCCUUCUCCGGGGAUUUCUCUCUUUCUUCUUUUUGUGAUCCUUCUCUAGAUUCUUUUAUUUGAUCCUUCUUUGGAUUCUUUUAUUUCUUCGUUCCCUGGAUUCUUUUAUCUGAUCCUUCUUUGGAUUCUUUUAUCUGAUCCUUCUUUGGAUUCUUUUAUCUCUUCCUUCUCUGGUUUCUUUUAUCUGAUCCUUCUUUGGAUUCUUUUAUCUUUUCGUUCCAUCACCCGCUCCUCGUCGUACCCGCUCGUCUAGCCCGAUCCUUUGGAUCCUGAGCCUAACGUAGCCAACGUAGUCGGUGAGGAACGGCCUUCUCUCCUUUGGGGAUUCCCCAAUGCCCCUUUAAUUUUUUUUGAGGGGUCUUUGUAUAUGAUGAUGGCACUGUACCAGGGGGUCUAUGGCCAUAUAAAGGUGUCGACAUUGGGAGCCGAUUUGAAAGAAUAAGUCAACGGUCCUCAUCCGCGAGGAGCGGGGACAAGGCCGCCUUUCGAAUAUGAUGAUGGCACCGUACCGAGGGGUCGGUGGCCAUGAACUGAUGUCGGCGCUGGGGCCGAUCUGAAAUAAUAAAUCAACGGUCCUUAUUCACGAGGAGCGGGGAUAAGGCCGGUCUUCUAAUAUGAUGGUACCGUACCAGGGGGUCGAUGGCCAUUGAUGGAGUAUAUGGCCCGGGAACCCCCGGUCCACAGACUUCUACUACUUCAAUAAAGGCCCAAUAGGCCCAGGAAGCACAACAGGCCCAAAUCACAGCGCCCAGACUACCAAGCGGCCACAGUGCGCACCAGGGGUGCCUUCGGCCCCCUGGCCGAAGGCUCUGAUUCUCACAGGAGGGUCAAAUCAGGAAAACAAAGUUACUGGGAGAAAACGGCGAAAAUCAGCAGCCCUCGGCACUUGGAGCCCUCGGCACUAAGGAGGUCCCCAAUGCUCAGAGCCCUCGGCUAAUCAUCUACAGCCGAGGGCGCCUUUCCGACAUAAUAUCCGCUCCACAUGCGCAUGGAUCACCGUACCAAGUACGACGUCACAUCCAACAGCCGCAUUAAAUGCGGCCACAUGCGAUUGCCAGCGCCAACCAGUUGAGGUGACCCCUCGGCCAAUGGAUGCUUGACACGUGUCCCUGUCUGGCAUUUAUUGCUACUAUAAAUAGCACCCCAUUUCCCUGUUGUAAACCACGCUCAAAAAAGCCUUAACGUACAUAUUAAAUACACUUUCUCUCUCUUACUUGCUCUGACUUCUCUCUAGUUAUUCCCCGUAAUAACCCCUCGGAUAGAUACCCCCCCGGGUACACAUAUCCAUCAUUUGGUGCUCUCGUUGAGAGGUCGAACAAUCAAGUAAGAAACCCUCCCCCUCGUCAAACACAAAACACCUAGCUAAAAUGGUGAGAACAACUCGUGCCAACUCCAAGAACGUUGAGGACAGGAACCUGGCCCUCGGCGAAGUCGACGUCCCCGAAGCCUCUAAUAGGGCUCCCGGGGGCGGCGUCAUCGCCGGGUUGGAUCAGACGGCUGUCGACCUACGCCAUCAGAUUCAAUAGAAUGCCCCCGAUGCCCGCCUCGGCAUCGAGGCCAAGAAAAAGGACUGGAGCGAGAACCAAAUUAGCCCUUCGGUCAUCACAAUCGACGUACAAUCGGCGUUUUCCGCCUUCAUCCAGACGCUCACCCAGAACCCGGGUGCCUUCGGCACUUUGGUUCCCCUCCAACCUCAGGUCGGGGAGAAUAUUAUGCCUCCCCCUCAUCCACACCCCCUCGGGAAUCCGGUCCUCCGGAUUGGGAACGCCGAGGGGGUCGUGGCCCAAGAUACGGCUUCCCAGGAAGUCCAGUCCCGGGACCGCCACAACGUGAAUAAAGAACAACUCCGGACCUCCGCCCUCGAGAGACUCGGAGGGGCGCAAGACCGCCGAGGGGUCCAAGACCGCCUUGGGGGGAAGGCAUUCCAGAGGCCUCAGGAAUGUGGCGGAUCUGUCUCUAGAGCCAAUGAAAGGUGUCCCCCUCAGGACAAAGGAAAGGCACCUCUCCAUGCCAACGACGCCCGCCACCAAAUCAACCAGGCCCACUCGGCCCGCGUCCAUUCGCAGGGGGCGGAGGCCCUCCCGAAGGACCCCCGGGACGAAAUAAUUGCGGCCCUCCAGCGCCGGCUCGACUAGAUGGAGGCCACCAAAGCACACGCCACCACUUCUGCCCCUCAUACAGACCUCAAGUAUGAGGCGAUGUUGACAAAUAUGGAGGAAAUGCAGAAGAAGAUAGCUGAGGGCUCCGGGGAACCCACCAUACAGCUCCAGACCCGGACGCCAUUUACCCUAAGGGUAUUGGCGGCUCGGAUCCCGGAAAAAUACUGAGGGCAGCUCAUCAAGCCCUACGAUGGAAAGACUGACCCCCAAGAGCACUACAGCAGGUACCAAAACAGCAUGAUGAUGGUGGGGGCAUCGGAUGAAUAUUUGUGCCGCUGGUUCCCUCUCCGCCUUAGAGGGGCCGGCUUACGAAUGGUUCAAUCGAUUGCUCGAGGACUGCAUUGACUCAUGGCAAGAACUCGCCCAGCGAUUCUUGACGCAAUUUGCGGGAAGGCGCCGCACAAGAAAACACUUCUCCCACUUGCUGACAGUGAGGCAGAGGAAGGAGGAGACCCUUCGGGACUUCUUGGAACGUUGGAGAACGGAGGCUGAUAAAGUUGAUGGCGCUGACGACGGGACCCUCCUGGCCCUCCUCCAAACGGUACUCCGCCCCGGGAACUUCUCGAGGAGCCUCAUCAUCGAACCCCCCGACGAUUAUAUAAGGGCCCUACAGCGGGGCACCGGUACGCCGAAGUCGAGGAGGUGGAGAAAUGGCACCACGUCCCGGAUCAGCGACGCCCUCGGCCAGAUGACAAAGGUAACCGGGGGCCGGGGGCUCCCCGCAAUCAUCCCAAGGAUUCUGCCUCCUCCGCUGAUCGCCCCCGGCAUGGCCAAGCCAAGCCCGGGGGAGGCUACAAGGGGAACCCGAGGGCUUGGGCACAGCCUGUUCUCCUGGAGCACCCUCAGACACCUUUGACGCACCCCGUCAGCGUCAUUCUUGAUUUCGCCGAGUAGAGGGGCCUGGUGGAGCGAGAUUCCCGCGCACCCCCGGAAGUAUAUGCCAUCAAUCCAAACUACCCCUACUGUCGCUUCCACCGACAUCAGGGGCACAGAACCAAUGACUGCCAUCAGCUGAAGGCGGCCAUCGAAAAAUUAAUACAAGCGGGCCAUUUGUCCCAAUUUAUUCAAGGCCCUCAGCAACAGGGCCCCCCUCACCAAGGGCCACCCCGACGGCAAACUGCGAGAGCAAAUGCAUGGGUAAACCCCAACACCACCCCCCCUCGGCAAGAAGAGGGAGAUUGGGAACUUGGAAGAGGAGGAGGAGGAGUACCCCCAGUACCAAGAAAAGAAGCGCCACAUCCUCAUGAUCACUGGGGGCAAUACCGGGGGUGACUCUACAAGUCAACGAAAGAAGUGGGCUCAGUCGCUUUACGUGGGGGAAGUCACUCAUAUGCCCCCAGUAAAGCGGCUGAGGGAGGAACCCAUCACCUUCACUAACGCUGAUCUCUCCCCAGUGUCCUCCCCACACAGGGAUGCCCUUGUCAUCCGCACAGAGAUCAGUGACACUAUAAUUCACCGAACUUACGUUGACACGGGCAGCUCCGUCAAUGUAAUGUACCUCAGUACUGUGACACUCCAAAAAUUUAAAAAAAAAUAAAAAUAGAAUGUAAUACUUAAGAAUUUGGUUAUUUUAUUUUAUGUUUCGGGACGAAACAUCUUUUAAGGAGGGUAGAAUGUUACACUCCUUAAAAAAAAAGAUAUUUAAAUAAAAAUAAAAAUAAUUUUUAUCAGUCAGAUAAAAUUUUACGGGAAUGGCAUUUUAAUUAUUAAGUGAGUCAAACAAAAAUUGAACAGUUGUCACAUUCUAAUCAGAUAAAAAAAAAUCGAAGUUUAUGACGUUUUAGUCAGAUAAAAAUACUUCAAUUAUAGAAGUAACAUUUUUAUGAUAAUUAUGUAAGUCACAUUUUAUAAAUAUUAAACACUUAAUAAUAGGUGUACAAUUAUUUAUUAUACACAUGCAUAAAAAUACAUACUAAGUAAUAAAAAAUUAGAAUACAAAACUUACUACUACUAUAAAAUACGAAUAUAGAUAAAAGCCUACUAUACCUACAAAACCAUUCAUAAGUCAAUUAUUAAGAUGUAUGAAUACUUAAGAUUUAAGAACGGAUGGAUCUGAACUAAGAAAAACUUAAGGUUCCUAGUCCUCGUUGAAUAAAACUCCUUCGGCUGGCAAUAAGCUUCCUACGAAGAGUAAACUACGUACAAAGAUAAGAUCGAAGCUGCGGAAGAAGUUGUUCAAGUUAAACACAAACUCUAACCUAUCUACCCUCGACCUACACUAUAAAUAGCCGCCAUGCCUGCGUUUUCUUUUCACGUCCAAGCUAAGCCGAUCAAUAUAUACAUAUAUACGUAUAUAUAUCUAUAUGUGCAGAAAUUUCUACCCUUCGUUAUAACCCAAAACCGAAGCCAAAACUCACAUAAAAACAUUCUCCUUCGUGAGACGAAUCCAACGGAGAAAGAAUCGUUGAAAACGGUCGUGAAACGAGAGAGAUAUCGCUCGCCGGAGUUGCAAGUUGUGGAAGCGGGUCUUUAUAAAAAGCAGAUAUUUUGCCGUAGAUAGGGGUGGAGGAGCUUCGUCUCGCCGCAAGGAUCAUUUUGCAACUUGAAUCGUCGAAAUCCGUUAUCUGUAAGUCAAGUUAUAGCUCGCCGGAGUUUUCUAGUUUCCGGCGAAGUCACCGGAAUCGACCUGGAGAAGAUGACCCAGUUGUCUGGGUCAGAACUCUUGGGCCGGGUCGGUUUAAUGGGCCAGUUCGGCCCAGUUUUAAUAAAAAUUAAAAAUAAAAUAGUAAAUCAAAUAUAUAAAAUCUGGAAAAAUAUAAAUUAAAUACCUAGUAUAAAUAUACAUAUUCGGAGCAACCAUAAUUGAAAAAUAAUAUUUUUAACUAUUUUUAAUUGAUUUAAUUUUAAUUGGGCCAAUUUAUACACAUUUAGUAAAUAAUUAACUAAAUAACGAAAAUAAUUAUGAAAUAAAUAUUGGAGUAAACUAUGAUAAAUAUAUGACUAAAUAGAACCUUAUGGACCAUUUAUAAUUAAUAAAAAUAAAGAUUUAGUAUAUUUAAUUGUAAUUGAACCGGUUAUUAGAUAUAUGAAAUUAAAGGAAUAAUUAUGGAAAAUAAUUAUAAAAUAGAUAUCUGGACAACCUAGGUCAAAUAUAGACCCUAAAUAUAGUUAUAAACGGUUAUUAAUUUAUAAAGUCGACUCUUAGUCUAUUUAUUUAAAUUAGGCCAUAUAAAACUAGUUAAGUAAUUAAAUAAGGAAAUAUUUAUAUUAAUGGUGAAAUAAAUAAAUCACUGAGAUUGAAAAAUAAUAUUCUGGACUAAAAAUAAUGUUGGAAAAAAAUAAGGAAAAUAAAAUAAGGUUGGGUUAGCUAGCAUAAAUAAUUGACUAUAUGUAGACUUAAUAAAUAACUUAGUUAUGUAAUUAGUGGACUAAUUCAAUUAAUAAUUUUUAUAAUUUAUUAUUAGAUAUUAGGACUUCA